GGAGCCGGAUUUCACCCGCAUUUGCCUGGAUUGGGAUACCAGUUGCUAGCGAAGGGGUUGGGAGCAUCGAUGUGGUUCUUCAUUUUCUACCGUGCUCGACAAGACGGCGCUAAAUUAUUGGGCUUAAGCCAUCCAUGGGAACACCAUGGACACAAUAACGCUGAAAGUGAUGGACAUCAUUAG